GGGGUUUGGGUUUGAGUACUUAUAGUCGGCGUUGGUCCAUCAGACACAAGCCAAUGUGGCAGCCGUUUGAGAGAGCCUGAGGUCAUUAAUGAUGGCGCGGUCGUGGAUUGGCAUGUUGGUCGUGCUGCUGUUUGCUGUGAGCUUUUAUGAAGGUAGCUGCGUUCCAGUUCAAGCCAAAGAAUCAUGGGGAUACGUGGAUGUCCGAGAUGGAGCUCACAUGUUCUGGUGGCUGUACUACGCCAAUAGCUCCAGUGCCAGUUAUAAAGAACUACCUCUAGUCAUGUGGCUGCAGGGAGGCCCUGGGGGAUCUAGCUGUGGUUUUGGAAAUUUUGAGGAAAUUGGACCUCUUGACAGAGACCUUAAGCUGAGAGAAACCUCUUGGGUGCGUGCCGCCAGUGUGCUAUUUGUGGAUAACCCAGUGGGCACCGGAUACAGUUACACAGACACUGAAGAUGCCCUCACCAAGGACGUUGCGAUGGUGGCAUCAGACAUGAUGGUCCUCCUCAAUAAAUUUUUCUCUCUAAAGACAGAAUUUCAAAGUAUUCCCUUCUACAUAUUCUCAGAGUCUUACGGAGGCAAAAUGGCAGCUGCUAUUUCCCUCGAGCUCACAAAGGCAAUUCAGGCUGGUUCAAUCAAAUGCAACUUUGCUGGAGUGGCGUUGGGAGACUCCUGGAUCUCUCCUAUAGAUUCGGUCAUGACCUGGGGUGCUUAUCUUUACAGCACAUCUCUAUUGGACGAUACUGGACUAAAUGAGGUGUAUACAGCAGCAAAGGCAGUGAUGGAAGCAGUGCAACAGGGCGACUAUUUGAAAGCCACUGACCUUUGGUCCAUGACAGAAAAUGUGGUGGAACAAAACACAAAUGGUGUAAACUUCUACAACAUCCUCACACAAAACUCUGAUGAGAUGGUGAAGAGCAGUGCAGAUCAAGCUGCAGAUGGAUUCCUCCUCGCACUGAAGCGACGCCACAUUCGCCCUUUGCACCGUCAGUCCCUCUCAGAAUUGAUGAACGGGCCAAUCAGGCAAAAGCUUGGUGUUAUUCCAAAGAACGUCACAUGGGGAGGACAAGCUGAGGACGUGUUUGUCAGCAUGGCAGGAGAUUUCAUGAAGCCUGUGGUGGACGUUGUGGAUCAGCUUCUGGCAGCAGGGGUCAAUGUUACAGUCUACAAUGGCCAGCUGGAUCUCAUCGUGGACACGAUGGGUCAGGAGAUGUGGGUGAAAAAGCUGAAAUGGGACGGACUCCAAAACUUCAACAAGCUGAAAUGGACGGCACUGGAGGACCCGCAAGAACAGAGCCAGACUGGAGCUUUCUAUAAGACCUACAAGAACUUUGCUUUCUACUGGAUCCUUAAAGCAGGACACAUGAUCCCAUCUGACCAGGGGCCAAUGGCUUUACGGAUGUUGAAGAUGGUGACUCAGCAGGAGUGAUGGAUCUUGUUCAGAUACAAACCUAAAAUGGCUCGUUAACCACUUUUAGACAAUCAACACUCAACAAUUUUACCAAAAUCUGACACUUGUUUUUUUUUUUUUUUUAUAUUGAUUGCAAGCUCAAAUGCCAGUGUCUUGUAAAAUUUGUAAAACUGAAUGCGUGCAAGCAAUAAAGUCGUACUUUUUUAUACACAA